AUGGUGGAAGGAGCUAUAUGCGACAGUGAGUUAAAUUUGCUAUUUGAGAUGGGUGAUUGGAUUCAUUGUAAUGUAUGCAUUCGUAUGCCAACACAGGGUAACGAACAGUAUCCAUUUUAUUUUACAUCAUGUGGUCAUAUUAUUUGUGGUAAAUGCUACGAAACAGCUCCUGAAAAUCAUUGCAUGCGAUGUAGCAAGCGUGCCAAUGCAGUGAAAAUUAAUCGGAAUCUUCGGAGCGAUUUGCAGAUGUAUUUUCGAAAUCCAAAAGAAUUGCUGGAGCAAUACGUGAAGAAUUUGAAUGCAGUUUUGGAUUUCCAAAGCGGCCAUCGUCAGCAUUUACAAAAAGCUAAGCAGGAACAGCAGAAGAAAGCAAUGAAGUACGUAAUAUCGGCACAGCUCGUAAUGAAGCAGAAGACCGAAAGGGAAAGGAAAGCUUUGGCUGAAAAGGAGUCGUUGAUAAGAGAAAUUGACAAGCUUCGACAUCAUGCUCAAAAACUAGAACAAAUGUUGUCUGUCAGUUCUGUUUCACGUAACAGCCCUCAUUCAGCUGGUCGAAGUACAGGAGGUAGCUUAGCUUCGACAGAAAGAAGUGGUGGAGGUUCUUCGGGACGUUUUGCAACUAGUACUCCCAUCAGCGAUUGUUUGGAAACGGACGGCUUUAAAUUGGCUGCAGAUAAUCGUUCACUUAGCCGAGUAGCCGCUGCUUUUUCUCGCAGUGGUAUAGAGCCAAGUCCCAUUGCAUUGUCAACUGCUAUCAUUACAACACCUGAUAUGUUGGGUUUAAGAAAACGCUCAGAGAAACUAGAGAAAAACUGGUUGAAUGGAAAGGGAACAACACCAAAUCGCAUAUUUUCGUAG